AUGUUGGUGCUCAGUAACACAGAGAAAGCUCAUUAUGGAAAAUAUGACUUAAACAUUUACAACUCAGAGGGGAUACUUCUGAAUACAAGUCAAUUAGACCUACUCCUGGUUACACAAGGAAUAAACUUUCUAAGACUUUAUUUUCAUAGUCGCCAAUAGAUGAUUUAUAGAUGUUCAACUAACUGUCAACAAACUGUUUAACUUACACUAACUCUAACCCCAGCCCUAACUUUAACCACAACCUAAACUUCAUGACUGUUUUAGAGAGUUAAAUAAUAGUUGUCUGCUCUCAUUCCUCCACAGCGCCAGUGUCCUCUCCUCAGCUGUCCUCUCAGUGUCUGUCCCAUGGAGAGAUGAUGGUGACCUGCUCCUCUGAGGGACAGUCCCCAGUACACCAGUACAGCUGGACGGACAGACACUGA